CCCCUCCCCCAGUCUCCCGGCGGCGGCCUAGCUCUCUUCCUUCCACUCCACUUCAGAAACACCAAGCGACUUUUCUUCUUUCCCACGCCAACACAGACACACAAAAACAGAACACAGACAGCCCGCGAGUAACUUCUUCUCGAAGUCACAACAAUUACAUUUUUCUCAGUUUUAACGAUAAUGGACAACGAAAUAAGCAAGAAAGUAGGGCUGGUGAGCUGACUUCGCUUCGGAUGGAUUUUACUCGGGGGAAACAGGAUAAAGUUUUAUGUGCGUGCGUGUUUCAGCGAACUUCGACGCACAACUUUUCAUUGUUGUCGUUUUCCCUUUCAGUUGGAGGAGAUACCUAGCUAUAUAUAUAUUUUUUUUUACACCCGUAUGCAAAUAUUCAUGGAUUUAACUUUUUGGUUUCGUCGGUGUGUUUUGUAACUUGUUUUUCUAUCCCAGAAGAGGCAACAAGGAACGAGGGGGACAAGUCAAGAAAUCAGCUACCUAAAUAGCUACUGUAGUUAGCUUAGCUACUGUAGCUAACAAAAAUGAACAGUCGUUGAAUGCUUAUUUUUGCGGAGUUUGCAAUAAAUAGUCUCUUGUUUAUGGGUUAUAUCGUUACUACCACUGAAAAGCGUGGAAUUAUAAAUAAUACCGUGUGUUAGCUAGGUAGCUAAGUGUUUUGAGAUAGGGUUUUUGGAACUGGAUAUUUUCCGAACGGAGUAAGUUAACUGUUAGCUAGCUAAAAACAGGACUUCCACAGCAAGACCACACUGUUUCGAAAUCCAAGAUGCCGCAGCUGGACGGGGGAGGAGGCGAUGAUUUGGGGGCAAACGACGAGUUAAUUUCGUUUAAAGACGAGGGGGAACAGGAGGAAAAAACAGCCGAGAAUGUGUCCUCUGAGCGGGACCUGGACGACGUCAAGUCCUCGCUGGUUAACGAGACGGAGAACAACAGCAGUUCGUCUGACUCCGAGCAGGCAGGCAGUCACAGACGUCCCCAGCAGCACAGACCAGAUUGGGAGAGCUAUGUCAGGCAGAGAGAGUUCUUUGCAGAAGCUCUGAGACAGCAACACGACAGUGGGUUGUUCAAGGCAUCUCCAUAUGCUGGCUAUCCCUUACUGAUGAUCCCUGACCUGGGUAACCUAGCUAACCUGAGUCACCUGGGGAACCUUGGCAACCCCUACCUCUCUCCCGGAGCCCUCUCACCCGGCGCCAGGACGUAUCUACAGAUGAAGUGGCCCAUGCUGGAUGUUCCUGGAACCUCUGCUUUAAAAGACCCUCGCUCCACCUCCCCCGCUCACAUGUCCAAUAAGGUACCAGUGGUGCAGCACGGUCACCUGCCCCCCUUCUCUCCCCUCCUGUCCUACAGUCCAGACCCCUUCCCCCCGCGGACACCCCCUCCUCACCUCUCACCUGACACAGGUCUUCCCCGCACUCCCCACCCAGCAGAGCUCUCCCCCUACUACCCUCUCUCUCCUGGAGGCAUGGGACACAUGACACAUCCUUUGGGCUGGCUGCCGGGCCAGUCUAUGUACGGUAUUCCAGCGGGGGGGUUUAGACCAUCCUACCCUGCAGCUCUCGCCAUGAACUCUUCUAUGUCCAGCUUGGUGGCCAGUCGUUUCUCGCCCCACAUGGUCCCGUCCCUGCAGACGUCUGUCCCUCACCCUGCCAUCGUUUCCACGGCGAUCAAACAGGAACCAAGAGACGGCAACCGCCACGGGUGUGGCGUAUCCAUGGGGGACAGAGAGAAAGAGGAGGAGAAGAAGCCCCAUGUGAAAAAGCCUCUGAAUGCCUUUAUGCUGUACAUGAAGGAGCAGAGACCCAAGGUGGUGGCAGAGUGCACGCUGAAGGAGAGCGCUGCCAUCAACCAGAUACUGGGACGCAGGUGGCACUCUCUAUCUCGUGAGGAGCAGUCAAAAUACUACGAUAUGGCCCGUAAAGAGAGACAGCUACACUCCCAACUCUACCCGGGAUGGUCAGCUAGAGACAACUACGGGAAAAGAAAGAAGAGGAAGAGAGAUGGCAGGCCAGAGACUGCUCCAGAUGGACAAAUAACACACACCCAGUCUGCUGCUUCAGAGGAGCACUUCUCUCCACAACCCAAGAAGUCAUGUGUGUCGUAUGGAACUCAGGAGAGGCCCAGUGUUUCUCACACACACCUGACACACACACACCUGUCCCAGGCUAGUCCCGCCUCCUCCCUGGACUCUCCAGCCACGCCCACCACUGCUCUGGCCUCCCCUGCCGCUCCCGCACCCACACACACUGAACACACACACUCUCACUCUGAGCACACACAUCCUGAGCAGGUCCAGCCCCUCUCCCUCACCACCAAACCCCCUCGCCCACACUCGCACAGGGAGACACACGGUCAGACUUACACCCACAUCCAGUCUCACACACACCCACACUUGUUCACUCACACACACCUGCCCCUCACCACUAAGACCACUUCUUCUCAAUCCUCUUCCUCUCAUCCCCCCUUUUCUCCCCACAUGAGCUCAUCCAGUAACCAGACUCCGCCGCUCCUUACUGGACCAAUCCCAUUCACCUCUGGCUUAGCCCCUACCACCUCCAUCCACCAAUCGACGAUGAGCUCCCAUCAUGCCAUGCUCCAGUCCCAGCCUCUUUCCCUCGUCACCAGAAAUAAUCAUUGAAACCCAAAGAUGCU